AUGCAAGUAAUAAGGAAAGAUCGCUAUGUUCCUUUGAAAAGGAGCUUUACCCAUCGAGUAGGGCUUGUUCUCAUCGUAUUAGUCUGUCUGGGCUGGGCCGCCGCCGAGAACCAAAAUGGGCCGUGGCAAAGAAUUCGAAGAUUAACCCAAAGCAAUCAUGCGUUUGAUUUAAUUAAGAGCAAAAGCCAAAUAUCAACUACACCUGAACCAGAGACAAAACACAUCAACCUCAAACAGUACUUGGUAGAACAAAAGGAAAACAUAUCGAGCGUGCUUAACUUCAAGUCAGUUUGGUUGCAAGAUGACAUAGCGAAUGGUGCCACUAGCAGCCCAUCAGGUAAUACUGAACCUAACCCAAUAGUAAUCGAGACAGGAAUCAAGAUAAAAAACAGCGCAGGAAUCAAGACAAAAGCCAACACUGAAGCCAGCACUACUUCUUGGAAUGAUUUGAAAGAUACUCUCCAGCUGAUAAAAGCAAUCAAAUGUGAAGGCUUUUCCUUCUACGGACCUCCAAACGGUGCACCGCUUGCCAUUCCAACAGACGUACUGAUCUACUUGCUGAGCAUCACUGAAUGCUCAACCAUGCACAUUAGCAAUGUAAACGAGCUAGCAUCUAAAGAGCUUAACAUUGGAUUGUCUAAACCACCAGCCAGAUUAAACACCCCAACAACCUAUUUAGCGUGUACCGGCUGCUCAGUUACCGCCCUUUCCACUCUAGUUUCUUCAGAAACUGUCAACUUCAAACUAGCCCAGCUUGAUCUUGUCGACCUUGUCGGCCAAAACCUCAAUUGGAUAAAGCAGCUACAAUGGGAUGAAGAACAGGUUAGUAUUUCUAUUAGACACAAGGCCAUCGAACUUACUAAUGAGGACAAUAAUCCCCUAGACGGCCAGAACAAAAAGGAAUACAGACAUCCCAAAACAAUUAACUUGCAAGUUUUCCAGAACAUUGCUAGCGCCAAGAAGCAAGUCCGUUUUAUCAACCUACCAGCCGAAACCAAUCUCGUGAACAUUGCGCCGACCGAUGCCGCCAACAGUCCAACGCCAAGUCCAGCUUCAGAAAUUACCUUGGUCGUAGAUCAUGCGAUCUGGGAAGCCUUUUUAGUCUCCCAGCAAAGGGCGCCUAUCGUGAUAGAUAAGCUUUUGUUCAUUUGUUCGGCCAAAACCCGCGAUAGCUUAGAUGAGCUAAAAGACAGACUCCGCAAAAGGAACAACCCUCGUCCGGAAGCCCAAAUUAAGGCUACUCGCAUUGAUACUAGCGCCAUAUGUGCCUCGGAAGAAGACAUACACAAAUUGUUGGUUAUGACUGGUAAUUUAGGCCAGGUCAACUUUAUCAAUAUGCCUAAGAUGCUAUAUAAUUCUACCAAAAAGCCACAGAGCUAUUCAAUUGAGUCAGUCGCAAAGAUGUUUGAAGAACCAAGCCCACCAAAGACCCCAUCAACUGACUUACCACCACGUUCCAUCCCCAUCUUACCAGAACCAACCACUCCAACUACUCCAGCCUCCCCGGUCAUUUCAACUACUCCAACCACUCCAGCCAUUUCAACCUCGCCCUCUUUGGCUGAGCAGACGCCCCAAGAAGGUGACACCGGAGCCGUUCAAGAAGUCCUUAAUGAGAUUGUUGAUGAGAUUGUUGAUAACCAGCAGGCACAAUUCCAAACCGACCAGCCGCCAGCAUUGCCAUUGACCCCAAGGCCCAUAGACCUUUUUGGCGGUCGAAGCCACAUCUGUGUCUACAAUAGUAUUUUGGAUGACGACCAGCGGAAAGUAAUUCAAAAUCAUUCGCUAUAUGAAGUGGAUGACUUUGAUGCCGAGUUUACAAAGGAUUUAUACGAUGGUCGGAUUGAAGUAGUUAGUAUGACAGAGCUCUUUAAAGAAAAGAAGCCUAUGACCAUACAUAAGCCUAUGCCUAGACCCACGACUCCCCUUCUUGUCGACUCGCAAAAUGAUACAUCAAAUCUAACUCAACCACCCCGCCCUAACAAGGGAAUAAUUGAAAGAGUACGUUCAUUCUGGCAACGAUUAUUCAAAUCCACGCCGGCCGCACCUACUCCUAACCCAAAAGAAGACUCCAUGCCUGUCGACACCAAAACACCUCCUGGUCUCAUUGCAGUCAUUAAAGUGCUGUAUGAGAUGGAUGCUGAGAAAAUGCACCCCAAACUUUUCCGUGUGUCGGGUACUACGAGUAAUGUUACUGAUGUGCUUAAGAGAAACAUUAUCAACAAUCAGCCACUCACCACGGAAGAACUGGAAUAUAUGGAUCCCGCCCUGCUCACUAGUGCAAUCACUGGGUAUAUAAGAGAACACCACACCGCAUUAUUAGACUUAACCCAUUGGGAAAUGCUCAGGUCUCUCCGUGAUAAAGUGAGCCGACUAGUGGAAGACUACCAACAGCAAUCAAAUACUUCCACCCAGCCAUUGGAAAUAGCAUCUCAAGGGCCCAACCCCAGUGAGCCAAGGUCAGAUAAAUCACAACUGCUUCUUGGUGGUGCAUGCCCGCCGAAGGGCCCAUUAAGCCAGAUGAUUGAAGAAGUCAUCGGAACCUACGAUAAGCCAUCAGAUGAACUUAAGGACGUAGUUAAGCAAGCUAUCCAAACUCUUGACAUUCACACGAUUUGGAUUUUUAAGUCUCUAAACAAACUCAUUGCUAGAAUACACGAUCUUAACCCUGUAUUCAUUCAAGGCACCAAAGUGUCGGUUUGCUACUAUAAAAACUGGCCAACCGCUUGCUGGGGGUCCAUUACCGCACCAACAAUCCAGGAAGAGAUUUUGAUGUCAAACCAAAUGCAUAACAUCUACUUCCCAUUCAUUAUCUGUUUGCUAAAAGAAACCGAAAACAUCCAUAUCUACCAGAAGCCAAUCAGGCACAUCGUAAGCCCAUUCCCAGCGCAACCAGAACCUCAGAGCCCGUGA